AUGAAAAAACUGGAGGACCAAGCUGAGGCCGCCACCAAAGCCCAAAGUCUAGCCGAGGAAAAAGCUGAAUCUGCCGAGGCUAUUAAGAAGGUCGCUGAGGCCGAGAAGAGAAAGGCCGAGGACAAAAAGGCCCAAGCGAAAAAGGAACUUCAAGAUGCUUUAUCUACUAAAGAUGUCGAAAUCAAGGCAGCCGACGAAAAGGCCUAUGCUCAAGGAAUGGCCGACGUUACAGAAGAAUACAAACUACAAGAGGAGGAUGAGGAGGUUAUCAAGGAGACCACUCCUGAGCAAGCAUCAUCUGAUGUUCCUCCAAUCGACAGAAGUCUUGAUCAAACACUUGCCGAAAUUGAUGCUGAUUUGGCGGCGGAAAAGAUUACCGAGGUGGUUCCACCAGAAUCCUCCGAGGUUCCAGCCCAUCCAGCUGUUGAUGCUGAAAGAGCCUGA